UCAAUAAAAAUUAAUUAAUGCAGAAUCAAUAAUGGAGUCAGAGUAAUUUUUAAGCAAAAAGAUUUAAAGUCAACCCUUCCCUUUUCUCCCUACUCUCGCCAUGUCUCCUCUAACUCACACGCUUGCAGUAGUAAUCGCCUACUGGUCUGUCAUAUUUGCCAUUCACAAGCUGCUACAAAUAUACGACCCACUAAACCUCAGAUACAUGCAAUGUCAGGAGAGACUUGGGCUACGUACUACAUUUGCAUACAUGCGUUGCUACACAAAGAUCUUUAACGGAAGUUUCAAGACUUGUGGGCUGUGCUGUCAUCGUAAAAUAGCCCGGGCUUGGUUCAACACUGGGGUCAUAGUAGCACUAUUUCUAAUGCUAGUAUCACUGUUCAUACUCUCAUUGUCUCUAUACCAGUCGCUAUUUGGAGGAAGUGGAGGAGGAGAGAAGGAGAGAGGGGGACAGAUACUAACACCUAUUAUGCCAGGGGUUAAUCUACCCUGGAAUCAACUAGCGCAUUAUUUCCUGACGUUACUGAUAUGUGGUGUUGUGCAUGAGGCCGGACACGCCCUUGCUGCCGUAGUGGAGCAUGUACGUAUAAACGGGUUUGGCCUGUUUAUCCUGUUUUUAUAUCCGGGAGCGUUUGUUGAUUUACAUUCUGACCACCUAACGGUCAUAUCGCCUUUGAGACAAAUGAGGAUUUAUUGUGCAGGGGUGUGGCAUAACGUCAUUUUAGUGGGAGUGGCAGUUCUGUUCCUGUAUUCGUUCCCGUAUCUUCUCAUGCCAUUCUACACUACAGGUCAUGGGGCAAUUGUUUUAGGCGUGGUCAAAGGGAGUGCCCUCGAGCAGAAACUAAGUCCAGGUACUUCACUGAUUCAAGUAAACGCAUGUCCUCUAUCGUACGUUGCUGAUUGGGGUUCUUGUUUAGAGGGUGUCGGAAGCCAUUCACAAAAAGGUUACUGCGUUUCUGAGGAUUUCCUGUCUCAAUAUAAGCUCCACCCACUAAACGAGACGAAAGAGGAGGAAGAGGGAGGAAGGGACUGUUGUAGUCUUGAUAAAAAGGACAGCCAUCUUUGUUUCUUUCUCUCGUUUCGUAAAAGAAAUCAAGUCAAUCCCGAAAAUCGUUUUACUUGCUUGCGAGCGAGGAGCAUCGUCACGGACGGGACAUGCGUAACCAAUGACGACUGCUCCGCUAUCCAAUCAAACUCCCUCUGUGUCACUCCAGCAAUCGGGAGCCAGACCUACCUAAUAAAAAUACGCCACACGAGCCUGGGGGACCCGAUAUUAUACCUGGGGGGUCUAGAACAGCUCAAACACAGCAUCAUACUAUCAGACUAUCAUCCUUCCCAUUCUUCAGUCCCUCUAUGGCUCCCUGGUUCAUUACAUACACUGUGUAUAUAUAUAGCAUCAAUAUCUGGAGCUCUGGCAGUCCUCAAUAUAAUACCAGCUUAUGCUUUGGAUGGUCAUUGGACUCUCAUUGCACUGUUAGAGUAUCUGAUGCCUGAGAAUGCUUAUAGAACAAAGAUUAGUAAUGUCAUAUUAUUGAUUGGUAGCUCCCUUUUAUUGUGUAAUUUAUUGUCAGCCAUUUGGAUUUUAAUGUAUUGGUGAAGAAAAUAUUUAAAUAAAUAUUUAUUUUAUUACUAAUUUUGUAAUGAAAGACAUUUUUGAACGUUAUUUUUUUCUGCUGCAAGCAUGGGGGAUUGAUAAAAAUUGCUGCCACUUGGAGUAUAAUAGCUUUAGUUGGACGCUCUAUUUAGUUCAUUUUUCUUAUUCUUAUAAUCGUGAGAUUAA